AUGGCACUACGUAAAGCAAUUGGGGCUGUGAAAGAUCAAACAAGUAUAAGUAUAGCGAAAGUGGCAGCGAAUGCAUCACCAGAACUUGAGGUUUUGGUUGUUAAAGCUACUAGUCAUGAUGAGGAUCCCGCUGACGAGAAGUAUUACAGGGAGAUUAUCAGCCGUAUUUCGAGUUCAAGGGGUUAUGUGAAUGCUUGUGUUGCUACCAUAUCGAAAAGGAUAAGUAAAACCCGUGAUUGGAUUGUGGCUUUAAAGGCUUUGACUCUUGUUCAUAGGGUUUUGAUUGAUGGACACCCUUUGUUUGAGGAGGAGUUAUUGCAUGCAACGAGGAGAGGGAUGCGUGUUUUGAAUAUGUCGGAUUUUAGAGAUGAGGCACAUUCCAAUUCGUGGGAUCAUACGGUGUUUGUAAGGUUUUACGCUAUGUAUCUUGAUGAGAAGGUUGAGUUUGCUGUUUUUGAGAGGAAAGUGAGAGAGGAUGAAAGGAAAUUUGAUGAGGGUGAUUUUGGGUCUAGACGUAGAGAGAAUAGGGGUGAUUUUGAGUAUGGGAUGCCUAAGAGAUCGAGGUCUUAUGGUGAUUUGCAUGGUGAUUUGGUUAGGCGAGAACAGAAUAAGGAGGUAACGCCAAUUAGGGAAAUGAAGCCGGAGAGGCUUUUAGGCAUAUUGGACUCGCAGUUGAGGAUCAUUGAUAGAGUUUUGGCUUGUAGGCCAACAGGAAUCGCCAAGAAUGAUAGGUUGGUGCUUUUAGCCCUUUACCAGGUGGUGAAGGAGAGUUUUGGGCUAUACACUGAGAUUUGUGAGGCAUUGGGGGUAUUGUUGGAUAGAUUUACUGAGAUGGAGUACGCAUAUUGUCUUAAAGGUUUUGAUAUUUAUGCUGGUGCAGCCAAAAUAGUUGACGAGCUGGUGGUGUUUUAUGGUUGGUGUAAAGACAUGGGAAUUGGAAGAUCAUCCGAUUACCCUGAAGUGAAGAAGAUUACAGAAAAUCUUUUAGGGAACCUUGGGGAAUUUUUGAGAGAAAUGACUAGUAGGCGAACUAAGAGUCCUGAGAGAAAUAUGGAGGAGAAGGUUCAGUAUAUGCAAGACCAAGAACCCGAUACGAAUGAGGUCAAGGCUCUUCCUCCACCAGAGAGUUAUACCCCUCCACCGCCUCCUGAGACGCAGCCUAAGCCACAGCCUCAGCCUCAGCAGGUGAUAGAAGAUUUGGUAAAUCUAAAGGAUGAUGGCGUUUCAGCAGACGAGCAGGGCAACAAAUUGGCUCUGGCUCUGUUCUCUGGACCCCCAAGCACAAAUGCAAACGGUGCGUGGGUAGCUUUCACAUCAGAUGAGCCUGAAGUAACUUCAGCGUGGCAGACCCCAGCUACUCAGAGUGGUCAAGCAGAUUGGGAAUUGGCAUUGGUGGAAUCAGCUAGCAAUCUAUCAAAUCAGAAAGCUACUUUAGGGGGUGGUUUUGAUUCGCUGCUAUUGAAUGGAAUGUAUGAUCACGGGGCAGUAAGGCACCAUGUGAGCACAACACAACUUACUGGCAGGAGUGAAAGUAGUGUGGCAUUGCCCGGCGUGGGCAAGAGCGCCACACCGGUGUUGGCACUGCCCGCUCCUAAUGGAACGAUACAACCUGUUGGGAACCAGGAUCCAUUUGCUGCCUCCCUUGCAGUUCCACCUCCUUCCUAUGUGCAGAUAGCGGACAUGGAGAAGAAGCAGCAUUUGCUAGUAGACGAACAGCAUCUCUGGCAACAUUAUGGAAGGGACGGGAUGCACGGUCAAGUGAGUUUUGCCAAGAUUAGUGGUGCCUCUGGUUACUCUGGCCCUAAUCCUCAUCCAAUGAUGAUGCCUUAUGGAAUCCCACAGGUCAGCCGCAUCGGGCAGCAGGGAGGGCCAAAACCCCAAUUAGUGCACAACAACUUCAAGUCCCACACAAAGGCACCCUCUUCCUACUCCUCAAACGACAUGUCAAACAUAAUCGUCCUCGACAACGGCGGUGGCCUAAUAAAAGCCGGCUACGGAGGCGAACGGGACCCCUCCACCGUAAUCCCCAACUGCCUCUACCGUCCUCUCUCCUCCAAAAAAUUCAUCCAUCCCACUCCCACAACUACCGCUGCCACCACCGAAGAAGACCUCACCUCCGCCGCCGUCCGCCGCCCCAUAGACAGAGGCUACCUAAUAAACCCGGAUCUCCAACGCGAUAUUUGGAACCACCUCUUCAGUAAUCUCCUCCGCAUAAAUCCAGCAAACACUUCUUUACUACUAACAGAACCAUUGUUUUCUCUCCCAUCAACUCAGCGCGCGACUGAUGAGCUUGUUUUUGAAGACUUUGGGUUUGAUUCUAUGUUCGUUGCUGAUUCGCCGAAGUUGGUCCAUCUUUACGAGGCCAGUAAAAGGCCAUGUGGGUUGGUUUCAAAAGCGCAAUGUAGUUUGGUUGUGGAUUGUGGGUUUAGUUUUACUCAUGCUGCGCCUGUGUUUCAGAACUUUACGUUGAAUUAUGGGGUGAAAAGGAUUGAUUUAGGAGGGAAAGCGUUGACGAAUUUUUUGAAGGAAUUGGUGUCUUAUAGGAGUGUUAGUGUUAUGGAUGAGAGUUUUCUGAUGGAUGAUGUUAAGGAGAAGUUGUGCUUUGUUUCUCUUGAUGUUGCUAGAGACUUGAAGAUCGCAAGGAGACGAGGAAAUGACAAUUUUUUUAGGUGUACUUAUGUCCUACCUGACGGAGUGACCCACACUAAGGGUUAUGUUAAAGACCCAAAUGAAGCAAAUAAGUAUCUCACUAUGGAUGAUGGAGCAUACGUAGAAACAGGGAAGGGUAUGGAUCGAACUGAAGUUAUGGAGCGAAAGAAAGUUGAUUUAACUAAAAAUGAGUUUGACCUAACAAAUGAACGGUUCCUGGUUCCAGAGAUGAUUUUCCACCCAGCAGAUUUAGGUAUGAAUCAGGCUGGACUAGCAGAGUGCAUUGUUCGAGCUGUGAACUCUUGCCAUCCUCUUCUUCAUCCUGUACUCUAUCAAAGCAUUAUAUUAACUGGUGGAAGCACAUUAUUUCCUAGAUUUGCUGAGAGACUUGAACUGGAGCUCCGACCUCUUGUCCCGGAUGACUAUCAAGUGAAGAUAACCACACAAGAAGAUCCUAUUCUAGGUGUUUGGCGAGGUGGAUCCCUUUUGGCAUCCAGUCCUGAUUUUGAAGCAAUGUGUGUCACCAAGGCUGAAUAUGAGGAACUUGGAUCUGCUCGAUGUCGUAGAAGAUUCUUUCAUUGA